AUGGCUGAAGAAAAGAAAACAUGUGGAACCUUGGACAAGCUAAAUACGGUAGCACAACGUAUGGAUUAUUUAUUGCCUGAAACAUCGAAAGCAUUCCAAUUUGAGGAAAAGCCAAAGUUGAUACAAGAGUCUUCAUGGACGAAAACUGUUCCAUACAAACAUUGGCACAAUUACGUGAAACCUACCAAUAGUAUAGGCAGUAUCUUUACACCUAGUGUAUGUCAUCGGGCCAGAAUCUUGACGAAACGCAAAAUCAAACCUGCACAAUGGUAUCCUCUCAGUGCUGACAAAAUACUUGCAACUCCACCUCGCAUUCUUAUAGAACGACAUAACAAAGAAAUUCAACAAAGAGUUGCUGCUGCGGAAAAGAAAUGCGAUUCCCUACCUGAGAAUAUAAUUAGUUUGAAAGAUUUAGCAGAUGGUACGUGGUUGCAGAAAAAAAGUCGUAAGGCCAGAGCCUUGAAAAGAAAAGAGUUGUACAUACAUAAGGGAAGGAUAAUGAAAAAGAAAUUGGAUCGAGAGAUUGUACCUUACGUCGAAGCAGAAAUUCCAAAAUCCGUUGAAGAACAAUUAACCGAAUUAACAGUGGCAAUUGACAAGGAACAAACGCGAACCACAACCGAGGAUGUUGCUAAAGUAGUUUAUCUCAGAGAUUAUUGUAUAAGUGAUCAUCAUUUACAACCAUAUGAUUAUACUAAUAUUGAUGCAGCAAAGAGACGUAUUAUUGGUAAAUUGCAAGAACGUAAAGAUUUCAAUAAAAUAAUAAAAGAUUUGGAACCAGAAAUAAUUGAUGAUUAUAAGCAAAGCCUUCGAAGUGCAAUAGUGGAUUAUAUUCUAAUGGAUUCUGAUGAACGGAAACGUUUAUCUAUCGAAAUUCUACCUAUCGAAUUUCCCGUUUUAUGUAUUCGCUCACCAGUACCUUGGCAUCAAUCCAAGGUCACAGCAGAUCAUUUGAUGCGACAUUGUCUUUUUAUUGGAAAUGCGAUAUUGAAGGACAUCCGCGAUCUAUGGUUUUCAAAAUAUCGUCAAACAAGAAUUAUUCGCACUCAAGAUUUCGGCACAUUCCCCAUUCCAGCUGCGGAAAUCGAACCAAAAUUGAAUGCCCUAUGUGCCGCUGCUACCGAUGUUCUCGUUAAAGAAUGGCUAGCCGACGUAGCAGAAAUUUUCCUCGAGAAGAAAUACGCUUGGUCACAAUUCUUUGAGAUGCGGCCAGAUGCGUCCACUGCGAUGAUCGAAAAAUAUUUUCGCAGCGUUAAUUCUUUGUUAUCAAAGCAACUACGAAUUAUGAUAACGGAAACAUUGGAAGACUUUAGAGACUUUUUUAUGCAGUACAAAGCUGGUAAUGCGUUCGAAGGGGAUUAUGAAGAACUCAAAUUUCUAGAAACUCCUUUCAUAACGGUGAAAGUGGAACCGGAACUCUUCACAACGAAAUUGCGCUGCAAGCCGAGCAUCCUGCAAUUGCACACUACGAUCUCGCGAUGUUUCGAUAAAAUCAUUAAGGUGGGCGCUACAAUACCUAAGAUUGAAACCAUUCUAUUUCCGGAAUUAAGGCAGACAAGUUAUUUAUUCCCUAUCUCGCGCUUUGAAGAUAUGGUAUUAAAAGUCAUCAGCGACGUAUUGGAUGUGAUCGCUAAGCAUAUAACUGGUCCUGAUAGUUAUCUCAAAUGCUACGAAAACUUGCUGUAUAUUACAAGUGGAAUAGCUGAAGAGAAAUUAAAUAAUUUUUUUAAACUCGAACCUGUACCAUUAUUGCGAGACUUCGAGCAACAGAUAAAGGCAUACGACACUCUGCGAAAAGAGAUUUCUAUGUUUCGAUGUAAGGUCCCAUUGAACAUGAUCGAGAUCGAUUGUAGUGCUGUGAAUGAUACAAUGAGGGAAAUUUUACACGCGCUUCGAAGUAGAAUAUGCAAUUUCUUCGCAGACGAGCUACGAGUCAAUAAUCGCGAAUUGUGCUCGAUCUUUGAUGAGAUAGCGGAGAAUAUUUCGAAAAUGCCAGAAACAACGCAGCAAGUGGUCGAAUUAUACAAUUAUCUGUGCGAAAGCCGUGAUACAACGAUGUUUAAUCUAAAAAGACGAUUAGCCCGUUCGAUCGAAUUGACAUUGUUUCUCUUCGAUUACCAGCCACUUUCAGACGAGGACAUUUAUUUAAACUCGCGCACGAUUACUUGGCCGAAGGAAAUGGAAGUUGUAAUGGAAUUGGCAAGCAACAGAUUGAUCAUGAGAAAAGAUUUCUUGGAAACGCUGCUUCGCUCGAGACGAGACACCUUCGAGAAAAAGAUAAAUACAAUGCAAUUAGGGAUCGAGCAAUUUAAACGGAAGGAUCCGCCGGUUCUUACGAUGGAAGAAAUGGAGCAGGCCGUGGAGGAAAUCGAACAUAUUUCCACGAUCAUGGCAGAAAUACGUAAAGAAGCCGAGGAGAUCAAUGAAGAGGAGGGAUUGCUCGAUAUGGAACUGAGUCCGUAUAUGGAGCUACCAAUUAUGUCUAAUACAGUGGAUAUCUUUGACAAACUAUGGCACACUGCUCUAGAUUUUCACCGAAAUUAUGAUAAAUGGUUCUAUGGUCCAUUUAUAGGUUUAGACGCCGAGCAAGUACGCGAGGAGACAGAAAAUACAUGGCGAAUUUUGUAUAAACUGUCGCGCGUACUUACGGAAGUGCCGGGCGCAAGGCGCGUUGCCGAAAUGGUACGCGGUAAAGUGGAAAAAUUCCGACAAUUUAUACCAGUGUUGCAAACUAUUUGCACACCGGGUCUACAAGCCCGGCAUUGGGAAGCAAUUAGCAAAAUUGUCGACUUGACAAUAAUACCAACAGACACUAGCAAUCUAUCGGAGAUGAUAGAAUAUGGUCUACCUGCUUACAUCGCUAAGUUGGAAGAGAUAGCUUCAGCGGCCACAAAAGAAUAUACUCUGCAGCGAAAUCUGCAAAAGAUGAAGGAAGAAUGGCAAGAAGUGUACUUCGAGUUAACUCUUUAUCGCGAGACUGGGGUGGCCAUACUAACCGCUGUGGACGACAUACAAAUGUUGCUGGAUGAUCAUAUACUUAAGGCACAAACUAUGCGCGGUUCGCCUUUUGUGAAAGCGUUUGAAGAAGAAAUGCAGCAAUGGGAAGAAAAGCUGAUAAUGAUGCAAGACAUUAUUGAUCAGUGGCUGCUUUGUCAAUCCACGUGGAUGUAUCUAGAACCGAUAUUCAGCAGUGAAGACAUUAUGCGUCAGAUGCCAACCGAGUCGAGAAACUUCCGUAGAAUCGAUAAGAUCUGGCGCAACAUUAUGUUAUACGUCUCGGAUAAUAAACGAGUGAUCGAUGCUACUGCGAUGCCAAAUAUGCUGCAGGAAUUCAAACUCUGCAACUCGCUGCUCGAGGAAAUUCAGAAAGGUCUGAACGAUUACUUAGAAAAGAAACGUUUAUUCUUCCCGCGAUUUUUCUUUCUGUCGAACGAUGAGCUUUUGGAAAUCCUAUCCGAGACUAAAGAUCCGCAGCGAGUACAACCUCAUCUACGAAAAUGUUUCGAGGGUAUAAGUAAGCUCCGUUUCACUAAAGACGAAGAGAUUAUUGGUAUGUUGUCGGCUGAAGAGGAAUAUGUGCCUUUGAGUGGUAAAAUUUAUCCCGCUGAUGCGAAAGGUAUGGUUGAGAGAUGGCUAUGUCAAGUAGAGGAACUUAUGGCAAUUUCGCUGCGCGACACAGCCGAGGAAAGUGUAAUCGCUUACUUCGAGGCCAUACGUGAGGAAUGGGUGCUUUCGUGGCCCGGUCAGAUUAUCAUUUGUAGUAGUCAGAUACAUUGGACUAGCGAGGUAUACGAAUCUUUCGAGGAUCGCACCACGGCGUCCUAUUUGCACAAAUGCACCGAUCAGAUAGAAGACAUCGUAACACUUGUACGUGGUAAAUUGGAACCUGGUGCCAGAAUAACAUUGAAUGCUCUAAUAGUAAUAGAUGUGCAUGCUCGAGACGUGGUGAAGCUGCUGGUUGACAAGCAAGUAGACAAUCCCUUGGACUUUAAUUGGAUAGCGCAAUUGCGCUAUUAUUGGCUGGAUGACUGUAUCACUGUCUCUAUGAUUACAACUAACAUUAUGUAUGCCUUUGAGUAUCUUGGCAACACAUCUAGAUUGGUAAUUACACCGUUGACAGAUCGAUGCUAUAGGACUUUGAUGGGCGCAUUGAAGUUGAACCUCGGUGGUUCACCAGAGGGACCUGCAGGUACUGGCAAGACGGAAACAGCCAAGGAUCUCGCCAAGGCCGUGGCUAAGCAAUGCAUUGUGUUCAACUGCUCCGAAGGACUAGAUUACAAAGCGAUGGGCAAAUUUUUUAAAGGUAUCGCUCAAUCUGGAGCCUGGGCGUGUUUCGAUGAAUUCAACAGGAUUGACUUGGAAGUACUUUCAGUAAUCGCGCAACAGAUACUAUCGAUACAGAUGGCCAUAAGCAUGAAAUUGGAUAAGUUUGUAUUCGAGGGCACUGAGUUAAAAUUGAAUCCCACUUGCAAUGUCAUUAUAACGAUGAAUCCGGGCUAUGCAGGUCGACAGGAACUACCAGACAAUUUAAAAGCUCUCUUCCGAACGGUGGCGAUGAUGGUACCGGACUACGCCAUGAUUGGUGAAAUCACUUUAUACUCAUACGGCUUCAUGGAUGCUAAAAAUCUUGCAGAGAAAAUUGUUCAUACCUACAAAUUGUGCUCCGAGCAACUAAGUUCACAAAAUCACUACGAUUAUGGCAUGCGAGCUGUCAAGACCGUGCUAAUAGCGGCUGGGAAUUUGAAACUUAAAUAUCCGAAACAGGACGAAUCCAUCCUAGUUCUUCGCGCCAUCAUCGACGUCAAUCUGCCUAAGUUUCUGUCUCAGGACGUUUCUCUUUUCAAUGGCAUUUACACAGAUCUUUUCCCAGAGGUGCAUCUACCUCAACCGGAACGUGGCGAACUAAUAAAUAUGUUAAAAGUAAAUCUUGAGAAACGAAACCUGCAAGCUACUGAUUGGUACUUGGAAAAAAUCGUGCAGAUCUAUGAAAUGAUACUCGUACGACAUGGUCUGAUGAUCGUCGGUAUGGCUUUAAGUGGAAAGACUCAGGCUUAUCAAACGUUAGCUGACGCCCUAGGUGAUUUAUCGGGUAUACGAAAAGCUACGAUGCGGGAAUACCGUACAAUUUACCGAGUGAUCAAUCCUAAGGCCAUCACGUUGGAUCAAUUAUAUGGUAGCUUUGAUCCAUUGUCACACGAGUGGAAGGAUGGCAUAUUAGCCAAUACGUUUCGCGAAUACGCGCAAUCUGUUUCGCUGGAACGCAAAUGGAUCAUAUUUGACGGUCCGGUAGAUGCGAUCUGGAUAGAGAGCAUGAAUACCGUAUUGGAUGAUAAUAAAAAACUCUGCUUAAUGUCCGGCGAAAUUAUACAGAUGUCCGUCAAAAUGAGCAUGAUGUUCGAGCCGGCUGAUCUCGAACACGCUUCACCAGCCACUGUCAGCAGAUGCGGUAUGAUUUAUAUGGAACCUUCUCAAUUGGGUUGGCCACCUAUCCUCGAAUCUUACAAGAAACAUCUCAAGGAAAAAUUAUUGUUUGAACAGUAUGAACUUGUUAUUGAACUCAUCGAAUGGUUGACCGAGCCGAUAUUACGUUUUAUUCAAUAUAAUUGUAAAACUUUUAUCGAUAUAUCAGAAAUGCAUAUGUUUCUGUCCUUUACAAGAGUAUUCAGUAUGAUGUUAGCAGAAGAAACACAAGUGAGUACAGUGUGGCUUCAGUGCGUGUUGCUCUUCAGUAUGGUUUGGGGCAUGUGUUCAACAUUAUUGAGCGGUAGCAGAAAACUUUUUGAUGUAUAUUUGCGAAAACUAUUACUCGGUAAUAUCGACGAGUAUCCUAAGCCGAAGGUGUUCAAACUGACAAAGCAACAAAUCUUUCCUGAUAGAGGCACGGUGUACGAUUGGAUUUACGAUAAGAGAAACAAUGGCUGCUGGAUAUCCUGGAUAGAUACUAUGCAGCAGGUACCUUUAUCAGCAACAGCGAAAGCCAGCGAGCUGAUCAUCCAGACAACUGAAACAUCCAUUCAGCAUUUCUUUAUCAAACAAUUUAUGCGCAGAUCAAUUCCGAUUUUGUUUGUGGGUCCAACGGGCACUGGCAAGUCCGCUAUCGUUCUGAAUUAUCUCAUGUCAUUGCCUCGGGAGAAAUUUCUGGAGAAUGUUAUAAACUUCAGUGCUCGUACCAACGCGCCGCUGACACAAGAAAUAGUCAUGUCAAAGUUGGAUAGAAGGAGAAAAGGGGUUUAUGGACCCGCUAUGGGAAAAAAGUGUGUAUUAUUUGUAGAUGAUCUCAGCAUGCCUCAAGUAGAAAUGUACGGCGCUCAACCGCCUAUAGAACUGCUUCGUCAAUGGAUAGAUCAUGGUUACUGGUUUGACCCGAAGGAUACCUCGAUUCUAUAUCUAGCAGAUAUAUUGCUAAUCGCGGCUAUGGUACCACCCGGAGGCGGCUCGAAUAUCGUAACACCGAGAUUUACUCGUCAUAUGCACGUGAUUGGCAUCGAUUCUUUCGAAGAAGCCACGAUGAUGAAGAUCUUUUCAUCGAUUCUCGAUUGGCACUUCGCAAAGGGUUUCAUCAUGGAGGUUUCACGGUUGAGCAAAAUGAUGGUGAAUGCUACCCUGGAUAUAUUUCUUGGAGCCAUUAAGAAUUUUCUGCCGAUACCAUCAAAAAGCCAUUACAAGUUCAACUUGCGUGAUUUUAGUCGGGUUAUUAACGGUGUGCUUCUUGUGCCGGCUGCUAGAAUGAGAGAUCCCAACAAACUUAUUAGGCUAUGGAUUCAUGAGAUAUAUCGAGUUUUUCAUGACAGAUUGAUAGAUGACACUGAUCGUGAAACGUUAUUUAAAAUGGUGCGACACACGUGCUAUGAUCAGUUGCGCCAGCCGUUGGACAAGGUGCUCGCCAAUUUGUUGAAGCCAGGUGAGAAGAUGAUCACGAGUUCUCACAUUCGCGAUCUUUUCUUCGGCAAUUACAUUGAGCCCGACGCUGAUCCGAAAAUAUAUGAUGAGAUAACGAAUCUGGAAGAUCUCCAGGAGAAGAUGGAUUACUAUCUGGCUGAAUAUAAUGCAGUUUCGCAGACGCCAAUGAAUCUGGUGCUGUUUCGAUACGCCAUCGAACAUGUCUCUCGCAUAUCUCGUGUACUGCUGCAGGAUAACGGUCAUGCCCUGCUCGUUGGAAUGGGCGGUUCCGGUCGCAACUCUUGUGCCAGACUAGCGACUAGUAUGUGCGAAUAUUUGAUACAGCAAAUCGAGAUCACGAAGACUUAUGAAAUGCCUGAAUGGCGAGAGGAUCUAAAAUACUUAUUACUGCGCGUUGGUUGCGAUGGCAAACCUACCGUCUUCAUCUUCGGCGAUCAUCAAAUCAAAGAUGAGUCUUUUAUCGAGGAUAUUAACAUGAUCUUGAAUACUGCAGAUGUACCCAACUUGUACGCGGUAGAAGAGAAGGCAGAGAUAUUGGAAAAAAUGACGACUGUGGCGCGAGAAAUGAGUGGCGGUAAAAAGGUGGAAACGACGCCGAUGGCGCUCUAUAAUCUCUUUAUUGAGAGGAUCAAAAAAAAUCUUCAUGUAAUUUUGACAAUGUCACCGAUAGGCGAGGCAUUUCGAAAUCGUCUAAGAAUGUUUCCAUCACUCAUCAAUUGUUGCACCAUCGAUUGGUAUACAUUAUGGCCGGAAGAUGCUCUCGAGAGAGUAGCCAGGAUGUCAUUGAGAGAUUUAGAUAUUGGUUCAGAAUUACGAGAGAAAUGCGUGCAAAUUUGCAAGCAAUUCCAUACAAGCGUCUCCAUAACAAGCGAGGAUUACUACUUGACAUAUAGCAGACGCUAUUAUGUAACACCCACUAGUUUCCUACAGUUAAUCAAAUCCCUAUAUAGAUUGUACGGGCAAAAGAUCGAACAGAUCACCAUUCAACAGAAUCGCUACGAAACCGGUUUAGAGAAACUGGAUUUUGCCGCCGGCCAAGUGGCGAUUAUGCAGGACGAAUUACAACAAUUACAACCCAAAUUACUGGCGCAGUCACAAUUGAGCGACAAACUGAUGAUCCGAAUCGAACAAGACACUAUCAACGUGGAAGCGAAAAAGGAAAUUGUAGCAGCCGACGAAGCCUUGGCAAACGAAGCGGCAGCAGCGGCACAAGCCAUCAAAGAUGAUUGUGAAAGUGACUUGGCAGAAGCUACUCCAGCACUAGAAUCUGCCCUGGCGGCAUUAGAUACUCUGAAACCGGCAGACAUCACAAUCGUGAAGGCGAUGAAGAGUCCUCCAGCUGGUGUUAGAUUAGUGAUGGAGGCAGUUUGUGUACUGAAAGGCGUAAAGCCGGACCGAGUUCAGGAUCCAAUCACCGGUCAGAUGAUAGAUGACUAUUGGCCCGCGUCGAUCAAGCUUCUAGGUGACAUGAAGUUUUUAGAAAACUUGAAAAACUUUGAUAAGGAUAAUAUACCGCCCGCAUAUAUGAAACGCAUUCGCGAAAGGUUCAUAAAUGAUCGAAGCUUCCAACCGGAAGCGAUUAAGAAGGUCUCCACCGCCUGCGAAGGUCUCUGCAAAUGGGUGCGUGCCAUGGAAGUAUACGAUCGUGUAAUUAAGGUUGUGGCACCAAAGAAAGCGAUGCUUGCGGAAGCCGAGGCUGCAUUGGCCGCGCAGAUGGAAAUGCUUAAUGAAAAGAGAGCUCUACUGCAAGAGGUAACGCAGAAAUUGCAGUCUUUGAACGAUGAGUUCGCUGAAUGUAUGCGCGAAAAGAAGAAGCUCGAGGAUCAGAUUGAUUAUUGCAGACAGAAAUUAGAAAGGGCAGAGAAACUACUUGGCGGCCUGAGUGGUGAAAAGGAUAGAUGGAGUGAAACUGCCAAUAAACUGGGCGCCAGUCUAGGUAACGUGAUCGGAGACGUUCUAUUAUCAUCUGGGAUGGUAGCUUAUCUGGGAGCGUUCACAGUGGAAUAUAGAAACAAAUUGAUCAAUCAAUGGCAUGCUUCUUGUAUGAAUGCAGCUAUACCGUGUAGUACCAAAUUUAAUUUGAUCGAUAUAUUGGGCGAACCGAUAGAAAUUAGAAGCUGGACUAUUCAGGAGCUACCGGCUGACAGUUUCUCAAUAGAAAACGGAAUAAUCGUGAAGCAUGCUGAUCGCUGGCCGCUCAUGAUAGAUCCACAGAAUCAGGCGAAUAAGUGGAUAAAAAACAUGGAAAAGCCAAACAAGCUGACAGUGAUUAAACUCACGGAUCCUAAUUAUGUAAGAGUGAUGGAGACUUCUAUUCAGCUAGGAACUCCAGUAUUAUUGGAGAAUAUUUUAGAAGAAAUCGACGCGAUUUUAGAGCCUGUAUUGUUGAAGAAUAUAUACAAACAACGCGGAGUGCUAUAUAUGAAGUUCGGAGAGACUGUAUUGGAAUACAAUCCAAACUUUCGAUUCUAUAUCACCACACGUCUUCGAAAUCCGCAUUACUUGCCCGAGAUCACGGUAAAGGUAACUCUAUUGAAUUUUAUGAUUACACCUCAAGGUCUGCAGGAUCAAUUGUUGGGCAUAGUUGUAGCCAAGGAGCUACCAACUUUAGAGGAGAAGAAAAAUCAAUUAAUAGUAGAAGGCGCAAACAACAGAAAGAUCUUGAAAGAGAUCGAGGAUAAGAUCUUGGAAGUUCUCACGACAUCGGAAGGUAACAUACUUGAAGACGAGACUGCUAUUAAGAUACUCUCGACUUCGAAGGUUCUAUCGGAAGAUAUUCAGGCGAAACAGGAGAUCGCAAUGAAAACUUCAGCGGAAAUAGAUAAAGCUCGCAAUGGUUACCAGCCAGUCUCGAAACACGGAGCGGUUCUCUUUUUUUGUAUCUCCGAAUUGGCCAAUAUUGAUCCUAUGUAUCAGUACUCAUUACCGUGGUUUCUGCAUCUCUAUGUCACGGCAAUAGCUCAUAGCGAACAUUCGGAUGAUCUAGACACGCGAAUGAAUAGUCUCAAUUCGUAUUUUACUGCGAGCAUUUAUAGAAAUGUAUGUCGGUCUCUAUUUGAAAAGGACAAAUUGAUAUUUUCUUUGGUCCUCUGCGUCGGUUUGCUACGUGCCGCUCACAAACUGGAGGAAGAUCUCUGGGUAUUUUUAUUGACAGGCGGAAUAGCCCUUGAUAAUCCUUAUCCUAAUCCUGAUCCUUCAUGGUUAUCUGACAAAUCCUGGUCCGAAGUCGUGAGAAGUAGCCUCUUACCGGGUCUCGAAAAAUUAAGAGAGUCCUUCCAGUCCAACAUAUCACAGUGGAAAAUGUAUUACGAUUUGUCCAAUCCGCAAGAGCAUCCAUUUCCGCCGCCCUUCGAGCGUGAGGGCGAGAGCUUGAGAAAACUCGUGAUUCUGAGAUGCGUGAGGAAGGACAAGCUGGUUGCUGCUGUUCAAGCGUUCAUCAUUCAUCAUAUGGGCGCAUCGUUCAUGGAGCCGCCGCCGUUUGAUCUCCAGAGUUCGUACGAUGAUUCAAACAACGUCACGCCAUUAAUCUUUGUGCUCUCACCUGGUUCGGAUCCGAUGGCCGGUCUGAUAAAAUUUGCCGAGGAUCGUGGAAUUUCGAAGAAGAAUCUUAUGACGAUAUCGCUGGGUCAAGGUCAAGGUCCGAUCGCAACCAGUAUGAUUGAAAGAGGCAUUAAAAGCGGCGAGUGGGUUAUUCUGCAAAACUGCCACCUUGCCAUCUCAUGGAUGAAGGAACUUGAUCGAAUAUGCGAUGAGAUAAUAGUACCCGAGAAUACGCAUCGCGAUUUUCGGAUAUGGCUGACUAGUUAUCCAUCUAAAGGAUUCCCGGUGUCCAUAUUACAGAACAGCGUUAAAAUGACGAACGAACCACCAAAAGGACUGAAGAACAAUUUACUGCGGAGUUACAUGAAUGAUCCCAUAUCGGAUCCUAAAUUCUUUCGCGAGUGUACGAAAGUAGUAGAAUGGAGAAAAUUGUUAUUCUCUCUAUGCUUCUUCCAUGCAGUGGUUCAGGAAAGACGGAGUUUUGGUCCACUCGGUUGGAACAUACCUUACGAGUUCAAUGAAUCUGAUUUACGUAUCAGUAUUCUACAAUUGCAACUAUUUUUAAAUGAUUAUAAUGAAGUGCCAUUUGAUGCACUGAUUUACCUAACGGGAGAAUGCAACUAUGGAGGCAGGGUAACUGAUGAUAAAGAUAGACGCCUGUUGAAUUCAUUGUUGAAGAAUUUUUACAAUUCCGAAGUUAUUACAAAGAUACGAUACUCUUUUUCUCCGAGUGGAAUUUAUCAUAUGCCAGAAGAUACCGAUCAUGACGAAUGUCUGAAGUACAUUCGUAGUUUACCUAUUAAUCAGAUGCCAGAAGUUUUUGGCUUGCACGAAAAUGCAGACAUAGCGAAGGACAACCGAGAAGCAAUACAAUUAUUGGCUGGUGCACUUUUGACUCAGCCGCAAAUCAGUGGAAUAGGUGUCGAAAGAGACAUGGAUGAAGUGGUGUUCGCUCUAGCCGGUGAGAUUCUAUCAAAGAUGCGACCGCAAUUCGAUAUUGAAUCUGCAUCGAACAAAUAUCCAGUACUUUAUAUGAACAGUAUGAACACGGUGCUGCGUCAAGAACUUGUUAAAUUCAACGAACUUAUCAAUGUCAUCAAGGAAACGUUAAACAAUGUACAAAAGGCCAUCAGAGGACAAGUAUUGAUGUCACCGGAAUUGGAAGAAGUUUACGUUAGUAUGAGCAUCGGUAAAGUGCCGCUUGCUUGGGAUAAAAAGUCAUAUCCUAGCUUGAAACCGCUCGGUAGCUAUGUAAACGAUUUGUUGGCGAGAUUGCAAUUUCUACAAAAUUGGAUUGACCACGAUGCACCCAAUGUAUUUUGGAUAUCCGGUUUCUUUUUCACACAAUCAUUUUUGACGGCAGUGCUGCAAAAUUACGCUCGCAAGCAUAAGAUACCGAUCGAUCGCUUGGACUUCGAAUUCGAGAUCACUCCGUUCGAGUCGAGCGUCGAUACGGCUCCCUCGCAUGGAGUUUAUAUCAUCGGUCUCUUCUUGGAAGGAGCUCGAUGGAACAGAGAGAAGAGAUUGUUGGAUGAAUCUAAGCCUAAAAUAAUGUUCGAUAUGCUACCCAUUAUUUGGUUAAAACCUGGUAUAAAAAUUAAAUUUGAUAUAAGAGACGUAUAUCAUUGUCCAGUAUACAAAACAAGCGCUAGACGUGGCGUAUUAGCUACUACUGGACAUUCCUCCAAUUUUAUAUUGUAUAUCUUAAUCCCAACGGAUAUCGACGAAUCACAUUGGAUUAAGAGAGGUGUGGCUGCCCUUUGUCAACUUGAUGAUUAAAAAUGAUAAGUAUGAAUUAUUGAUAUGAGAAUUACAUAUACAAUUGAUUCAUCGUUAUUUCACGCGACAAUAUAUUGAAUAGCUAAUCAAAAAUUUAAUUAAUUAGCAAAAAAUAUUUUAAAACUCAAAG